CUGCGCCACUGGCGCCAUCAAUUCAUCUCUCCCCUCCUCUUUUAGUACGCAAGGAAGCCGGAGAGACGAGAGAGAGAGAGAGAGAGAGAGAGGGGAAGACCAUUCGAAUUCUCUCUGUUUUUUCCCUCCGGUUUCUUCUGGAAGUUUCUCGAUCAUUCGCCGAGAGCCCAUGGGGAACUGCUCUCCGAAACCGAAGAAUCGGAUCCGAUCGCCGCCGCCGGCGAAGGCCUACCCGACCGUGCGGCUCUACGGGAAGGAAUCCUGCCCGAUCGCGUGGCGGAUCCGCGUCGCGCUCCUCUACAAAUCUGUCGCCGUCCAGUUCUUCCCCACCGACGGGCCAGUCUUCAUCCGGUGCGGCGAAGAGGCGGUGGAGGGGCCCGCGGAUUCGCUGCUGAGGUACAUCGAUUCGAAAUUCCCGCGGCCGCCGGCAGUGGCGGUCGAUAGGGGAACGGCGACCGGGAAGGCGGCGCUGGCGACGGCGUUGCAGCACCGAAGCGUGGAGCGGCACGUGGAGGGAAUGGUGAAGUGGGCGGCGGAGCUGGUCUCUGGCGGUGGCGGCGGGGGGAGGAUGGAGGCGAGGAAGCUGGGGAGGAGUUACGGGCAAUUGGUGGAGGUGAUGCUGGAGCACGCGCAGAUGGAGGAGCGCCUCCUCUUCCCCGCCCUUGAGGCGGCCACCGAUCGAGAUGUGUGUAGGGUGGCGAACGAGGAGCACGCGAGGGACCUGCCCAUGAUGAACGGGAUAAAGGAAGAUAUCAAAUCUCUGGCGGCGAUGGACGCAGGGGCGCCGUGCUAUCAGGAGGCAUUGCUCAAUCUCUCCCAUCGCUUCAAGACCUUGCAAGAUAAGAUUGUAAUUUCCAGCCUUCCACUUGGGUACAACUGCAUAAGCAACGUUGCAAGGAACACUUCAAGGAGGAAGAGAAGGAACUCUUACCACUGCUAGAGGCUGCGAAAAGAACCCAAAUUGAAGAAGCGAAUGAUACCUCCUCCUCUUUUGUGGAACAGGUGAUGUUGUUGAUGGAGAGUACUCACUCCCACCUCUUCCCCUUCUUCAUGGCUGGGCUUCUCCCUCAUGAAGCCAUGCAGUAUGUGGACCUGGUCUGCCUGUACACCUGCGAUGAGCAACGAGUGACUGCGAUGCUCAAAUCGCUGAUCACCCUAACAGAAGGCACACAUCCACCGUCCAUUUGUACUACCCCCCUCAAAUCUCUAUGAUUGUUUCAUUUGUUUGAGUGCCCUGGAAGUUCUUUUCGUGCAUAGAAUUCAGAAGAUUUGUAUUGUUUGAAAAUGUUCAGAGCUUGCAGCAAAUCUUGUCUCUCACCUUCUGGUUUGUACAUAUACGUAUGGCCACUUCUAAGUGGUAUCUUCAAUCAAAAGCAAUUAUCUGUAUCAUACA